GCUGCCGAACCUUUCUCUAGAGACUCGACAAGAGUUAUCAUCUCUUUUCUCGCUCUCUUUCGCUCAAACUUUCUCGCUUUUUUUCGUCUCCCAGCGAGGGUCUUCUCUUCUUCUGUCUCUGCUUGUUUCCGCGUUUCCCUGGAAAGCAUGCAGUGGCGAGGGAGUUGCGUUUUAGCAACCGAGACGAAGGAGAAACAUUUCUUAGAGUUCCUUGCGAUCGUCUUCUGUCAGAAUUCUCAGUUUCUUCCAGCUUUCGCAGGAAGAAAAAACCACUGCAAGACUUCCUCCCUGACCUGCGAAGGAACGAGGCGGAUCCGCACAGCUCCCGUUCCUGUGUUAUCUUUUCUUUCCUCUUGGAUUCUUCUCUUGCGCGUUUCCUCGCCGCGUCUCCAUCGCCUCACUUUGUUCCUUCUACAGCAUCACUUCUUGCCUCUCUGUGUUGCCCUUCCCUCUUCGUCUUCUCUCUGUCUCCUCUCUCUUCUUCCCUCUCCGCUGGCUCCCUGCUCCCCAACCGUCGCUCUCCUGUUCCACUCUACAGCCGCUUCGUGGACAUCUUUCGUGUUCCAGAUCUCGAGUUUCCCCUGACCAUCCAUGUCACCCUCUGCCUCGUCGUCUGCUUCCUCCUCUCCGAGCUCGUCUUCUUCUCUCUUUCUCUCUCCGUCUGCCUCGGCGUCCCCAGCAGUCUGCGUUUCCGGGCAUCCGACGCGGUGUACGUACACCCCGUUUUGGAGCCCACAUGCUGCUCCAGCUUUGUGGCAGACGCAGGGAGUUUGGGCAGGCAGUUCGGUUGUGGCGCGUCUCUCUGCCUUCCCUUCUUCAGUCUCGCUUUUUUCCUCUUUUCUCCGAGAGCAAUGGCAUUUCGAGGAAAAGAACGUCUUGGGCGCGGGCGUCGCGCCUGCCUACGCCAGCAGAGUUCGCGAGGCCACAAAGAAACGCGGCAGAGAUGCCGAAGAAGCGUCGGGUGUCUCGAGUCCUCUGGCCCGCGACUUCCUCAGACGCGAAGUAGUAAACGGCGUCGCUGUCGCCUACCUCCCCGACUUAUUUGAGGGCAAGAGUCUCCCCACAGCGUCCUUUCUCAAGCAAGAAGCGGGAGACAAAUGGUGCAUGUGCCUGCCAGAGAGCGAGGGAGCAGAGGCGCGAGAGAGCAGUCGACUGGAGGACGGAGAGCGUCGAGGAAGCAGACGGCGAGAGCGACGCGACGCGGCGAGAAGAAGGGGAAGCAGCCACGAAGACGACGGUGCGAGCGAGAACGAUGAACGAGCCUCUGACACAGACUCUUCUCCCUCACUCGACGGCGGCGCAAGCCGAUGUCAUGAGGAGCUCCGGCGACCGCUCUCCGCUUCAUCUUGUUCUUCCCCGUCUUCAUACGCGUCUGCUUCUCUUUCUGGCUCUUCUGCCUCCUCACCCGCAGCUUCUGGGGAUUCUCCACCGCGAUCCUGUCCUCGCGCCUCUCACGCGUUCUGCGGGAGGCCUUGUGAGGUGUACAGACAGCGCCUGGCAGUCGCCGACGGGGGAUACGAGGGCCGUGCGUCUCUGCCUCUCCUCGUCUCCGGCUUCGGACCUGGUUUGGAUGCGCUGCAGUUCACAGCGCUGCGCUACGACCUUGCAGAUGCCGCUGUGCUUUCUGCGCCUUCUUUGCGGAAAACGAGGGGAGAAAGAGAGAGAGUACGCAGUUUCGACGCUGGCGAAGAGGGCGCAUCGGGAGAGCUCUCUGGAGAAAGCGAGCAGGAGACGGACGCAGAGGAGAGCGAACGUGGAGAGUCCCAGACACCCCAGACGUCGAAGCAGAGAGAAGUCAAAUUACCUCCUUCCUCUUCUUCGACAAAGAACGGUGAGUGGCAUCGGCCUGGGUUCGCCGCUGGGGCCUUUCGCGUGCAGCCGCGGCGGCUCCUCGAAUAUAGGCCGAGGGCCUUCUGGACGGAUGCGAGCGACAGCGAGAGUUGCGGCGCUGAGCACGAGGCGGCGCAGGCCGUGGAGAGGCUGAAGCCGACGAGAGCGAAUGCGUUCGUCUCCGCAACCGCCUCAGGCGCGACUGGCGAGAAGGGGAGAAGGACGCGCAAGAGAAACGCAGAAGCGGAAGCGGGAGCCAAAGUGGGCGCGGAAGGCGAAGGGGGUCGAGGGACGAGUGUAAGAGCUCCAGAGGACUUGGGGAGGGACUUGCAUUCAGUACGCGAAGAUGGAAAUGUUGAGGAGAGCAUGGCGGAGACGAGGCGACAGUUGAGGUCGGAGAAUCGCUUCCGGCGAGAACGCGUUGGAGACGUCGAGGAGGAAACCGAGCGCAGCACCGGUCGGUGUCGGCACUUUGACUUUUCUUCGUGUAACUCUGCUUCCCGAAGUUCCCCAGGAGGGAGAAGAACGGCCGGGAGGAAGGCGAGCGAGGGCCGGCGCCCGCGCGAAGGAAGAGCAGACUUCGACCGAGGCGCGGCGCCCUGCAGAGUUUUAGAAGUGAAGGUCGACGACAAGCACCCGCAUCGAAAAUGGAUCCUAGCGCGCACCGUCAGGGGCGUCACUCUGAGUGCGCUGCGUCUGCUCGAAGAGGAAGAAGAGGAAGAAGUCGAAGAUGGAGAAGAAGUCGAAGAUCGAGAAGAAGCGAGGGAAGGCAGUCAUCGGUCGAGGAGAAGCAUCGUGCAGUCCGUGGUGUACGAACACCUGGUGGAUGUUCGCUACGGCCGGGGAGUUUCAGGAGAGAAGAAGAAACGAGAAAGAGAGAGAAAGAGGACAGCGCCGUCUGCGGGCGAAACAACUUGGAACAUCGAAGAAGCAAUCGAGGGGAGACGACACAGUUGCUUCAACUCCCGACUUCGUUCUCCGUCGCCUCGGUGCCGAACUUGCGGGGGUCGCCUGCCUGACCGCAACUCCUCCCAGACGUCUUUCCUCUCUUGUUCUCGCUCGCCUUCCCAGAGCUCCCUUCGAUCCUCUUUCUCCUCGUCUUCCAACUCGCUGCGUGGACCGCGCGUCGGCGCUGAGGAUUUCUCUUCUUCGUGUGCCUUUGCCGCACCCUUGUCGCGCUGGUGGGGGCCGAGCGACUUCGUCGUGAAUGCGGAGUGGAGCGCGCUUGACGCCGGUGAAGUAGCGAUGCUCAGCGCCGAGCAGACAGUGAAGGUCUGGCGGGCCGAGAGGCCCAGCGAGGUAUCUCUCUCGCUCGCGCUUCCCUCGGCCUCGGCCUCGACGUCCAGCGGGCGCCUGACGGGGCGCCUGAGGUGGGCGCAGACGGACGCAGCUGAGGAGUCGAUUCAGUGUCUGGCCUACGACGCCUUCUCUCCUUCCUCUCUCCUUCUUGCAGGACACUGCAUUUGGAGACACGACCUCCGGGAGAGAAGGCAGACGCUUCAGCGUCUCUUCCCGGCGGCCGCAGUGCCUCCGACAUACAACGCCUGGCCCCACAGGCUCUCUUCGCUCUUCGACUUGGACUGGAAAUGCGCAAGCGUCUUUUCCUCGUUCUCUGCGCUCGCGCCUCAUCCUGUGAACGCUUCGCUCCUCGCCGCGGUGCAUGCAGCCUCGGACUCGCUGCUGCUCUUCGAUCUGCGUGCGACGCAUGCACCGCUCACCUCACUGACUCUCCAGGCCUCGAGACACCUGCUGGGCGCCCGGUACCGCAGUCUCCUCUGGCAGACGCAUGCAGCCGCUUCUCCCGCCUUCUCGACCUCCGCGUGUGAAGCGUCGUUCGAUCUCCUCGCUGCCUUCUGCUGGAGAAGCACAGAUGUCGUCGUCUCCUCUUUUCGUUACUCUCCUCAUGGCCUCGCCCCGCUACCGUCGCCCUCCGACAUUCUCCUUGAAGAGCACGAAGGACUGGCAAACAGGACUGGCUCUUCUUCUUCUCCUUCUUCUCCUUCUUCUCCUUCUUCUCCUUCUCCUUCUUCACCUUCUUCUUCUCCUUCUUCUUCACCUUCUUCUCCUUCUUCUUCUCCUUCUUCUCCUCUUUCGCCUUCUCCCUCGAAUUCUGUUCGGUGGCCUCCGGGAAAGCAGCGCGCUGCUGCUCGGUUAAGGAAGCGGAAGGCGCGAGACGAGGACGGCGAGUCUUCAGAGCUUUCUUCGACCUCUGAGAGUAACCGAGAGGAGCACCGGACGCAUGAAAGGACAAGAAGCGACAGAGAGGCAGGCCGCCCAGACGAGGAAGAUGCAGAGGAGACUGUCCGGAUGAGGAGAAGUCGAAACCGAAAGAAGAGAAAAAGAGGAAACGAAGACGAGGAAGAAGCUAGAAGGACAGCGGCGAGGAGUGAUGCACUGCCCUCCCAGUGGGGCUGUGCACUGCGGCGACAAAGUCACCUCGAAAUAUCUUGGCAGGUUGACGUUCCCCUUUUCUCGGGUGUACAUACAGCUGGCGACAGCGGGCGCCGCUUUCCCCUCUCGGAGCACCCGGCGUUCCAGGUCUUCAAAGCUUCUUCGUUUCCCUCGUACUCUGGCCGGAAGGCGCGGUUUGCCGCCGCUGUGGCUUCCUCUGCUCUCGUCGAUGAGGACGCAGUAGGCUCGCUCUUCUCCGGCUGGCUCGGCGUCGUCCCCCUCACGUUCGCUCUGCCUCGCAGGUCUCUCAGCUUCUCCGCGUCCGACUCGGAGACAGCCGUGCGUUCUCGUCUGUUUUCUUCACCGGCUUCUUGCUCUCCUUCUUCCUCGACGGUGUCUCCUUUACUCGGGCAGGCUCGCGGAGACGGCGCGGCAGUGUGGGCCUUGGCGGGGGUGACCGCGUCGGGAUUUCUUCUUCUGCGGCCGCUUCUUCUCCUGCCUCAGCUCGCUCCUCCCCCUCUGAGACUUAGAGCAGCGAAUCGAUCCGUCGGUGCACGGUUGCGGACAGAGACGACAAAUGCAGCGGGUGGCUGCGACGCAAGAACAGCCGAAGGAGAAGCUGGAAGAGAGUCUGGCUGUGGCGUCCCCGGCGCGGUGCGGGGAGAGGAAGCCGAAAUGAAGAAAGCGAGACGAGAGGUCGACUGCGGAGAACGCAGAGGAUCCGAAAACGAAGAGGGCAAUGCGAAAGACGCAUCGGGUCAACUCACCGCCUCUGGGUCGUCCGAGUCUUCUCCUUUCUUGUCGCACUCGCAAACCGCUUUGUCGCCCUGUGUGGAACAAGCUGCUUGUUCGUCGGUCGACUCCGUUAAUUCUUCUUCGCCUCCCGACCUGUGUGAAGUCAUUCGCCUUCCUCGCAUGCAGACGCUCCCGCUCUCAGGGCCUGCGGCCGACCUCCCCAGGUGGACGUACGGCUCUCUCUUGUCUCUUCUCGCGCGGCCUCUCCGACUCUCUCGCAGAGAAGAACAGGCGGGCGAAAGGAGACGCCGCCGGCCGUACAGACACCCGACCGCAGUCAGAGACCGCGCCAUCGUGCUGCUGCACUCGGCGGCUCUCAUGCAGACUGCGGCAACGCUUCUGGAGAUGCGAAGAGUCAAGCGAGAAAGAGCAUGGGCAGAGAACCGUAAACGCCUUACAGCGGAUGCGAACGAGAGCUGUCGAGGGAUUGUGGCGCGCGCUUCUGUCGAUGAUUCGCCUUCCCUUCACAGCUCUCGUGAGCCAGUUCGCUGCAUAGUAUCUGCCUCCUCUUUCUCAUCUUCUGUUUCGUCCUCUCUCCCUUCCUCUGCAUCACCAAUUUCUGCGUCUCCGUCUUCCUUGUCGGGAUCUGUUCCUCCUUCUUCGGCUUCUCUCUCUUCUUCCUCUUCUGUUUCCUCUUCGGCUUCUCUCUCUUCUUCCUCUUCGGUUUCCUCUUCUUGUUCUUUCUCCUCUCCGUUCUUGAUGCACGGUGAAGACCAGCGACCGGACGCGCUGUCGCCGAUGGACGCGCCGGCGCGCGUCUGGGGCGGCCUCGAGCGCGUUUGGUUCCAGACCGCGAAGGUUCUGCGUUUCCUCUUCACUCGCCAGCUUGCGCCUGUCGACCUUGCGCGCAAUGCCCUCGAAGCAGAACGCAGGCAAAGGUUGCAGAGAACAGGCGUCGCUCAGCGGACCUCGUCAGACGUCGCGCCUGUCGCGGACGCGCGUCGCCAUUCUGCGCCUCUCUCUCUGUCGCGCGUGGUGUCUCGUCUCCCGCUCUUCGCCUCCGAGGACUUCUUCGAGGAGACGCAGGCGCCGCGAUCGGAGGCGCAAGGCGAGCCAGACAACGCGAAGGAAAUGGAGCGAGACCAGGGAGAAGAAAAACAGAAGAGAGAGGCGAAAGGCGCCUCCGAAGAUGGAGCUGUCACCCUGCAUGAGGCGGAGGGUCGCGUGCGGCUGCUUCUCCUUCUCACUCAGAUGGCACUCCGAGAGCUUGGAGAAAAAGAAGAAGAAAAGGAAAACGAAGGUGAAAAAGAAAAAGAAGGAGAAAAUGUAGAAGAAAAAGACGGAGAAAGAGGCAGAGAGGGGGACGCAGGCGACUCGGUAGAUAUGGAGAGCGAGAUGGAGGACGGAGCACAAACGGACAAGACAAAGAAUAAGAGCAACGAGGCGCUGGGGGGCGAAGGAGACACUGUCAGAGCCCCAUAUGAGGAGGGACGAGGCCGAACGGGGAUAGAGAGCGAAGGGAAGGUUGAGCGCGACGAGUCGAAGAGCGUCAGGGACAGAAGAAAGAAAUUCUCUUACACGAAAUUCUUCGCCUUUCUCGGAGACGAGGAAAGGAAACUAAGAGAUCUCUUGGGCUUCAGAUGGCAGCUGAGCCUCGCGGAGCUCGACCGCGAAGCCGAACGUCUGCCUCUUGGGGUGUUUCAGCAGACUGGAAAAGCAGAGACAGGUCCCGACGACGAAGCGUCAUAUCUCAUGUCGAGUGGCGAGGAAGCUUUCUCCGUGGAUUCGUCAGCUGAGGACGGAGAACAUCCUGGAGAGGACUGCUUCACCAGCACCCGCGAACGACGUCGGGAUGGCUCACGUCACACUGUUCAGUCGUUCGCUUCCAUGAAAUGCAACCAUGCUUCGUCCUCGUCCUCCUCAUCUUCACCUUUUUCUCUUGCUUCUUCGGCGUCGCAGUUCUCGUUGCGUGACUCUUCCCGCAGUCGCGACUUCCUCUCGGGCGUCUCUGCCUUGCCAAAUCCCCUCUUCUCGCCUCUCCCUGCGUGCGCAUGCAGCAGCUUCAAGGCUCUUCUCGCCGCGGCCAGCCCCCCAGGCAUCUCGCAGGCGUCUCCAGCGACGACGCGGAGGCAAGCUGCCCUGGGGUCUCCCGGCGGACGCGGUGGCGCUGCGCGGACGGCGGGAGGACCAGGCGCGCGAGAAGGAAGAAGAGAAGAAGACGAUGGAGGAGGCACCGACGACACCGUGAAGCGAAUGUCGGUUUCCGGAACGGCGGGAGCGGAACGGCUGGGCGGCUUGGCGGAGACUCUGAGAGUCAUGCAGACGCUCCUGAGUCUCUUAGCGCGACAGCGAAGACGUACCGAGAGAGCCGAGGGAGAAUUGGUUACUUUUUCUCUCUUGCCGCUUGGCAUUGUUGACGCCGUCGCUCUCGAGCUGUUUCUUCAACACGAGGCUCUUAUUCUUCCUCGUCCCCACACGGUUACUGAUUCUUCUUCUUUCUCCUCUGCCUCUUCUUCUCGUUCGUCUUCUUCGUUCUCUGGUCCUUCUUCUGGAUCUCCGGCGCGUCGUGUGUCUGCUCUUCCACGGCCUGUCGCUUCUUGCGCGGCCUUCUCGCCACUCUGCUUCAGUCCUCACUUGCUCUCUUGUCGGUCGCUGUCGCCGCUCCUCGAGGAGGAGAAGGCCCUCGCCCGCGCCCUCGCGGCGCAGCCUUGGACGCACCUCCUGGCGUCUGUACAGCGCAUGCAGUGGGAGAGACAGGGCGACCUGCUGCUUGCCCCCUUCGCCUCGUUUCCGGACCUCCCCGUGCAUGCACUCGAUCUCCCGAGGCGCAUGCGAGCGGAGCCGCCGCCUCGGCUCCAAGCGGCCUUUCGGGAGCGCCGCGGCUUCCAGCGCCUCCGCGCCGGCCUCGGUGUCUCCGACGCGACCGUCGCCUGUCUCCUUCAGCACUGGGCCCUCGCCCCAGAGGCGCUCGCGCUCGGCGGCGAAACGGAGACGCCAAAGGAGACAGAGACAGAGGCCGCGACCUGUAGAGAACAGAUCCGGAGCAGACCUGCCACUGAAAAAGGUCAAGACCGUCGAGACGAAGGAAGUCGAGAGCACAGCGAAGAAGAAGAUUCGGGGAUGGGGAGAGAGCAGGCGGGGGCGGCUCGAGUUGCGUCUUCAGGUCACCGGACUGAGGCUCUGUCGCAUCGCACCGAGAAGGACAUUGCGAGUGGAAGGAAGCUGGUGGCUCGCUUCAGGUGGCUUCUGAAAACGAUGGACGUCUACAAAAAAAAUGCUUCCGUAUCGUUUACCAGAUGUCGUCAAGCUCAAACCAUGAGCCCCCGAGAGCGAGAAGAAGAACGCGAAAAACAAAAGGCCGCAGAGGCGCUCUUGGCCAGUCUGCGCGACGCGCGACGGGUGCUGUAGUUCACAAAGCUGACAUGCAAAUGCUGGCUGGAAGAGGAAAAAAAAAAGUCUGCUCUGCAUGCACUGAAAAGCAAAUGUCUCUCCGCCUCCCGAGGUCGUUUUCGUCGGAUGUAAGAGGAGGUGUGGAGAGGCGCCGAGGGGCGGAAAAUCCGACUGUGAAGGUCGUGUGACUUCUCUUUCGUUUUUCUCGUUUCGUCUGAGGACAGUGACUAAAGCCUCGCGCUGGAAUGAGACUAAUCGCAGCAAAAGAUACCACGACGCAGGGCCAGCUUCUUCGUGGAAAAUGCAGUUCUUCGUUUUCUUCCAUGUUUUAUGUGCUCCACACGACUAAAGGCAUAUUUGCAUGCACCGAG